UCCAGCCGCAGCCCAAUUUUCUCUCCCUAUAUAACGUAAACCCUAGGUCAUCGUGGCUUCAUUGGGCGGCCGUCGAUCCUCUGAAUCCUCAACUUUUCUGCAGCAACUGAGACUUUUGAUCGAAAAUGAGUCGAGGAGGUGCAGCAGGUCCCAAGGGAAAGAAGAAGGGAGUAACCUUCACAAUCGACUGUUCGAAGCCGGUGGAAGAUAAGAUUAUGGACAUUGCUUCGCUCGAGAAGUUUCUUCUUGAGAGGAUUAAAGUUGGAGGCAAGGCCGGUGCGCUUGGCGAUGCCGUCUCUGUUACUCGUGAGAAGAGUAAAAUUACCGUCACUUCUGACAGUAAUUUCUCCAAGAGGUAUUUGAAGUACUUGACCAAAAAGUACCUGAAGAAACACAAUGUGCGGGAUUGGCUACGAGUGAUCGCUGCCAACAAAGAUAGGAACGUUUAUGAACUCAGGUACUUCAACAUUGCCGAAAAUGAGGGAGAGGAAGAGGAUUAAUUUUAUCGAUUUAGACAUUGCAUUUGAGAAACAAGUGUCCUUAUGUCGCACGAAUCUCUCACUGUUUCAAUUACUAGUGUUGCUUGUGUGAUGCUCUAUUUUUAUCUGAACUAAUGCAGUUUAGCAAUUUUGUUUUCUUUGACAGAAACUUAGAUUGCUGUUAUUUUUUUGUGUCAUAUUUGAGUAAGUCCAACAAUUUUUCACUUAUAAUCAGCAAUGUUUCAUAUAUCUUAUUGAA